UUAUUCGGCUAGCUUCUUACUCAGGUAGGAACAACAUACCUCCCAGCUUUCUGAAAUGGGAACGAGGGACACCUAUUAGCAGAAGUAUGUAGUCAUAGGACACACCCUAUAGGAAAUUUUUAUACGAAAAUCAGAUUUUUUUUUUUUUAACCACUAUAAUUCCUUCAUAUUGACUUUUGAAAUUUACAGAUGCAGCAAUUUAGUAAUUGGAUGAAAGGUUUAACUCUGGGAGCACAUUUUAAAAUAUAAAUCGUAUUUUAUAAUGAUGCUGAAGUUGGCUCCUUGUGAAUAAAGAUCCUACCUGAGUAAGAAGCUGGCGGAAAAACUUCAGCAUUACCUAUACGUUCUAACCGAUAAAAUGGCCGCCUAAACAUAACUAGGAGACAGACUUUUUCGCCCAUAGAGUCUAGUAGUCCACCUGCUCCAUCCUUUGGGUGGUGAGGGGGCAGUCAGGUGAAAUAUAAACACCCCUUACCACCUAAAGAAUAGAGCAGGUGGGUUCAUAGAACAGUCCAGCUAAGGGUGUUUCAAUGUGGACUUUGGUAAGAUGUCUCAUUCCUGCUGCUGCAUUUUUUUUUUCAUGUAAUAGACACCAAUCAGACAUCUUCAUCACCAACUGACAGGUGGCAGAAAGAAAUGGGUCGCGGUUUGUUGCGUAUGAGGCUGGGUAGCCACAGGCUGGUCAGGGUGCCCAUGCUGACCCGUAUCCACAGACAGAAGUGCCUAUAAUGGGCAGGUUGUGACCGCUGAACCCCCAUUUUCCCAGGACCAGACAUGGCCGCCUUCAGCCGCAGGGAGUUCUACGAGCAACUGCUCCAUGGCUGCGUUAUUCCCACCGCUCUGCAGGGACUGGAGCAGAUCUGGGUGCUGCUACUCAUGUGCCUGGGCUGUAGGGUGCUCUGGAGGCUGGGCCUCCCGCCUCACAUCAAACACCUGUUCACAAUCGCUGGUGGUUUCUUCUGCCUCUAUCAUUUCUUCCACCUGCAGAUGAUCUGGGUGGUCCUCAUGAGCCUGCUGUGUUACCUGGUCCUGUUCCUGUGCCGGCACUCUCAGAACCGCGGGGUCCUUCUCUCCAUCACCGUCCUAAUCUACCUCCUUAUGGGUGAGAUGCACAUGGUGGAUACAGCAAGUUGGCAUAAAAUGAGAGGUGCACAAAUGAUAGUAGCGAUGAAGGCUGUAUCUCUGGGUUUCGAUGUGGACCGGGGCAUCGUCCGCUGCGUUCCGUCUCCUGUAGAGUUCAUGGGAUAUGUCUACUUUGUUGGCACUGUCAUCUUUGGGCCUUGGAUCAGCUUUACCAGCUACCAGCAGGCCUUAAAUGGGCAGAAGUUGACAUUCAGCUGGUUUCGCCGCGUGCUGCGCAGUUUGAUUCUGAGCAUCUUCUGCCUUCUGAUGUCUACUUGCGUGUCUCCGUACCUGUUCCCAUACUUCAUCCCUAUCUAUGGAGACCGGCUGCUGAGGAACAAGAAACGCAAAGCCAGGGGGCUUGUCGUACGGUGGCUGCGUGCCUAUGAGAACACCUCAUCAUUCCACUUCAGCAAUUAUUUUGUGGGUUUUCUGUCAGAAGUGACGACGGUCCUGUCUGGAGCUGGCUUCACCGAGGAGAAAGAUCACGUUCAUUGGGACUUGGCUGUAUCGCGUCCUCUGAAUGUAGAGAUUCCUCGCUCCAUGGUUGAUGUGGUGACAAGCUGGAACUUGCCUAUGUCUCGCUGGCUACACACAUAUGUCUUUAAAAAUGCCAUGAAACUCGGAACUUUCCAAGCCAUUAUUGUGACAUAUGCAGCAAGUGCUUUAUUACAUGGACUCAGUUUCCAUCUGGCAGCUGUGCUUUUAUCUUUGGGAUUCCUAACGUAUGUGGAACACGUACUGAGGAAGAAACUAGCAGAUAUCUUCAGUGCCUGCAUCCUUUCCAAGAAAUGUUCACCUAACUGUGCCCACCGCAACAAGAAGAGCAUCUUUGUCUACCUGAUAAACAUUCUGUUCGGUGCUCUGGCCUUAUUUCACCUGACAUACCUUGGCUCCCUGUUUGACACGGAUUCUGAAGAUGCCAGUGAGGAGGAGGGGUACGGAAUGGCACACACCAUUAGCAAGUGGUCAGACCUGGGCUGGGCUGGCCACUGGAUGACUUUCGGCUCCUGGGUGUUUUAUCGGCUGCUUGGCUGAGGGGAGGUCACAGUCAUUGCUGGCUGUGUAAUGUCCACCAGUGAAAACCACCUCCACCUCAUGGGUGUGACCAACUUCUGCCAUACAUUAUUGCAGAGCAAGCAAGGUAGCUGGGCAGAGCUGGCACACAGGGGAAGUUUAUGGCUGGAUGGUAAGUGAUCAGGAUAUGAACUCUGGGACCAUACUGAGAACACUCUGUGUGCCAUUGACAGCUAACAGACUCUCAGCACCACUAUUAUAUAUAUACACAUUCUGCCUCCUGUGAUAGCAACAGUUAGCUGACCAUCACUAGGGGUGUCUGGAAAGAUCAUGACCUCUCUUACUUUCUGUGAUUUUUGACAAUAAAGUUGUUUUUGUACAGA